UAGGAAAAAUUGCAGUGUCACCGCGACUUCCUCGAGUAGAUGGAUAUGGACGUCGCCGCCCUCUCCGCGAAUCCCCCGCGCUGCCCCUUGGAAAUGGACCACACCUCCUCCGCCGCGUUUACCCCCUCCGGCGACAAUUUCCUCCUCAGCAGCCCUUACCUCCACCGCCUCAUCAACCACUUCGCCACUACCGCCGACGCCGGGAAUCCGGCCCCUCGGUCCUCCAUAGAAUCCCUGGAAGAAUUCACCAUCACCACCGACAGCGACGCCUCGAUGCUCUGCCCAGUGUGCAAAGACCCUUUCGCUGUGGACUCCGUCGCCAAAGUGAUGCCUUGCAAACACACUUAUCAUUCGGAUUGCAUCGUUCCGUGGCUCGAGAUUAAUAAUUCCUGCCCCGUGUGCCGCCACAAGCUGCCGGUGGCGGUGAAUGAGGGGGAGGGGUAUUGGGGAUCGGUCAGGCUUGAGGAAUUGGAGGUGGAUUUGUAUGGAUUUAGGCAUAUUGAGAGGUUGCAUCGGUGGAAUGAUGAGAGUUAUAUUGCGAGUGGAAGUAUAUUUCCUCCUAGCCAGAUUGGGGAAUUAGAGAGAGGAAACAAUUUGGAGGCUAUGUCGAGCUGGCCGAGGUGGCAGGCGGAGGAGAUACGGCGAGGAACUGACGAGACCGAUCAUGCAUUUGCUCAAAGUUGGGAUCUUGGUGAGGAUUUCUAAUUGGAUUUUGUACUGUUUCGGCAGAAAUAAGAGUGGGCAAGUGAGACUGAUGACUAAAACAGAAGAAAUACAAAAUCAUGAGGGAUAUUUGCCAGAAGUAUCACAUGGAUGUAUCAAUAUGCAGCAUGCAUAACACAAGAUGAGCAGAACCAAGAAGCUAAUAUAAAUCCAUGAGAAACAAGUACAUUUGAUAGUCCUACGACAGAAUUUAAUGAGUUUUUAACUCAUCCUCUGAUAUGUAGAAUCAUUGUCGCGAUGUCUUACAUGCAUACUCAGCAAUUUUCUUGAGUUUAAACCA